AUGCUUUCCAGUCUGUGUGACCAGAUGGUUUCCAGUCUGUGUGAUCAGGUUUCCGGUCUGUCUCACUGUGGAAUUACACUACACAAACCAACAGUAGCAGCGAAUCCAAGUGCCUCCUGUACUGAUCUUAUCAACCAGCAAGUAGCUCAAUCAUCGGUUAAAAAUGCAAGUAGCUGUACGGUUACCACAGAGACAGAUGUUGAUCAAUCUGAAUCCUGUAUUGAUAAUGCUAACAGCGGGAAGGUUUCCACAGAGACAGAUGUUGAUCAAUCUGAAUCCUGUAUUGAUAAUGCUAACAGCGGGACGGUUACCACAGAGACAGAUGUUGAUCAAUCUGAAUCCUGUAUUGAUAAUGCUAACAGCGGGAAGGUUUCCACAGAGACAGAUGUUGAUCAAUCUGAAUCCUGUAUUGAUAAUGCUAACAGCGGAAAGGUUUCCACAGAGACAGAUGUUGAUCAAUCUGAAUCCUGUAUUGAUAAUGCUAACAGCGGGACGGUUUCCACAGAAACAGAUGUUGAACUAUCUGAAUCCUGUAUUGAUAAUGCUAACAGCGGGACUGUUUCCAUAGAGACAGAUGUUGAUCAAUCUGAAUCUUGUAUUGAUAAUGCUAACAGCAGGAAGGUUUCCAUAGAGACAGAUGUUGAACUAUCUGAAUCCUGUAUUGAUAAUGCUAACAACGGGACGGUUUCUAUAGAGACAGAUAUUGAACAAUCUGAAUCUUGUAUUGAUAAUGCUAAAAAUGGUACUGAUAGUCCAUCAGAGUAUUUGAGAAAUAAAAUCACUGUCGAGUUAACUGAAGCGAAACAUUCCAAGUAUUUUUCUGUAAUUGCUGAUGAGGUGACGGACACAACGACCAACAAGGAGGUUUUGUCAGUGUGCUUGAGGUUUCUCGUUGGUGGUGAACCUGAAGAAGCUGAGAUUGCUGAUGUGUCGUAG